CCAGGGGAAUCGCGGCCACAGUCUGCCACAGUAACCGAGCCAUGGCUCGAGCCGGCGGGCGGCGCGGCCAGGCAGCGGGCGCGGCAGGCGAGCGGGCCGCAGCAGGGGAGCCGGGGGCAGCGGGAUUCUAGGAAGGAGAGGGGCGAGAGGGGGCCGGGCCGGGCGCGCGUGGGGCACCCGCGCUCUCCCAACAGCGCGGAGCCUUUUUGGAAAUUAAUAUUAAAAAAAGGAAAAAAAAAAAACCAACCGGAGGGAAGGUGGGAGCCGGAGAGGAGGCGAGCCACGCAGACACACACACGCACGCCCCAGAGCGAGAGCCGAGCAUCCCGACCGGGAGAGGACGAGCAGGCCCGGUCGCCGGCGCGGCCCACGCGAAGCCCGGACCCCGCGCGCCCCUCGCCGCCUCUGCCCGGCCACAUCGAUGUGGCAGCCCGCUCGCCCGCAGCACGAUGAACGCGCAGCUGAGCAUGGAGGCGAUCGGCGAGCUGCACGGGGUGAGCCAUGAGCCGGUGCCCGCCCCCGCCGACCUGCUGGGCGGCAGCCCGCACUCGCGCGGCUCCGUGGGCCACCGCGGCGGCGGCCACCUGCCCCCCGCGCACCCGCGCGCCAUGGGCAUGGCGUCCCUGCUGGACGGCGGCGGCGGCGGCGGAGGCGGCGACUACCACCACCACCACCGAGCCCCCGAGCACAGCCUGGCCGGCCCCCUGCACCCCACCAUGACCAUGGCCUGUGAGACUCCCCCAGGUAUGAGCAUGCCCACCACCUACACCACCCUGACCCCUCUGCAGCCGCUGCCGCCCAUCUCCACCGUGUCCGACAAGUUCCCCCACCACCAUCACCACCACCACCACCACCACCACCCGCACCACCACCAGCGCCUGGCGGGCAACGUGAGCGGGAGUUUCACGCUCAUGCGGGACGAGCGCGGGCUGGCGUCCAUGAAUAACCUCUACACCCCCUACCACAAGGACGUGGCUGGCAUGGGCCAGAGCCUCUCGCCCCUCUCUGGCUCUGGGCUGGGCAGCAUCCACAACUCCCAGCAAGGGCUGCCCCACUAUGCCCACCCCGGCGCGGCUAUGCCCACCGACAAGAUGCUCACCCCCAAUGGCUUUGAAACCCACCACCCUGCCAUCCUCGGCCGCCACGGGGAGCAGCACCUCACGCCCACCUCCGCCGGCAUGGUGCCCAUCAACGGCCUUCCUCCUCACCAUCCCCAUGCCCACCUGAACGCCCAGGGCCACGGACAGCUCCUGGGCACGGCCCGGGAGCCCAACCCUUCGGUGACCGGCGCGCAGGUCAGCAAUGGAAGUAAUUCAGGGCAGAUGGAGGAGAUCAAUACCAAAGAGGUGGCGCAGCGCAUCACCACCGAGCUCAAGCGUUACAGCAUCCCGCAGGCCAUCUUCGCGCAGAGGGUGCUCUGCCGUUCCCAGGGGACCCUCUCGGACCUGCUGCGAAACCCCAAGCCCUGGAGCAAACUCAAGUCCGGCCGGGAGACCUUCCGGAGGAUGUGGAAGUGGCUGCAGGAGCCGGAGUUCCAGCGCAUGUCCGCGCUCCGUUUGGCAGGGUUCCCAAAAGGUUCCUAGAGAUGUAAGGCCUGAGAAGGACUAUAGCAAAUCCUUCACCGUGUUCCUAUUCCUUCCUUUGCCCAAACACUGACUGGCUGGAGACUCUCAUACACCAGGCACUGCCCUAAGUCCGUGGACACAAAAGCAGAACCUUAAAAGUGCUGAUGCAGACCUUGGGCAUCUGAACAGGCUGAGGACCUCCUGCAGCAGGGGCUAAAGGCAGCCGUGGCCAGUUGUGAAAUAAUGAUGGGCCUUGUGCUUUUGAAAGCCUGCUGGGAUGGGAGUGGGCAGAUGAACAGUAGCUAAGAGAGAUGGUCUGCAAGUGUGUGGGUGGGGGUGGGGACUUGAAUGCGACUUUUAAAAUAAAAUGCAUUUCAUCGUGCGGAAUGCAUGUGCUUUGGCCUCCAUCACUGAAAUCAGAGCCUGGCAGAUGCUUUUGCUGCUGGUGGGAAGGCGGUGCUUCACCGGGGAAGGGAAAAGCCACAUCCUGGGAAUGGGUCUGGUGCAGAUAACCCCUGUGACCUUGCCUUGGGAAGCUGGGCACUUGGAUAUACCUUUACCCACAGAUAUACCUUUACCUGCCAUGGUGUGGUAGUCAGUCUUUCCGUCCCCAGCCAACUGAUGCCUCUGAGGGCAUAGGGCCCCUACAAUGGGAGGGGUCAAGCACACCCAUCCCUGUUGUCAGAGAAACAAAAAUCACCCCAAGAACAGGGCACCAGUCAGCAAAGACUGAGGGAAGACACUCAGCACAGGCCUGUGUCCCUGGCAGGGAAGUGUUGGUGCGUCUCCAUUGGGCUGUGGGUCAGCCUGUACUGGGAACAGCACUUCAGACACACGGGUUAUUUCAUCAGAAAGAGAAUCCUGCUGUUCUUUAAUCUGGUUGUCUUAGUUUGCUUUCUGUUGCUGUGGUAAAACACUGACCAAAACCAAAAUUGCAGGCGUGCGCCCCUGCGCCUGGCUAACUUUUAGAAAGUUAAACAGUAAGUAGGCAAGUUUUCUUCCCAAUCCAUUCUCCUGUUAUUAAGUUUGUCAAUAGACUUUUGUGUGAUUUUGAGUACUCUAUACUAAAUUUAAUAUUGUAGGGUUUUAAAUUCCAGUAUUAUCGCAUUAGUAAUAAGUUGGAAGGGUAUUCACACCCAAAAGGGUUGGUUCUCUGUAUAGACAUGGGGGAGGGGCUUCUGAAGCCUGGGUGGGGGAGCUUCUAGAACCCCGUUCUUCUAUGCUCUCCAAGAUAACCUAUGACUUUUAAAGUAUGUGAGCAUGUGUGUGAGAGAGAGAGACAGAGAGACAGAGACAGACAGACAAAGUAGGGUAGUCUUCUUUGUAAAUAACUAAAGGCUUUUUCAUCUCCCAAAAACUGUAAAUCUCUAUGGAAAAUGGAAAAUGCUUCUUGAUUGAAUUCUUGUGGCUGACGGCUGCCGCUCUAAAAAUACUUGUUUCUACACUGGGCAGUGUGCCAGCGAGGCAGGCCGAGAAACAAAGUGGACACAGAAGAGAGUGACCAUGCUCUAGGGAGGCGGGAAGGAGUCCCAGCUUCAACGGAGGAGGUUCCUCCGUUCCAAGGUUUUUGUUUUGUUUUUGUUUUUAAAGUGACUCAGGAACUGGAGAGAGGGCUCACGGCUUAAGAGAGCCCACUGCUCUUUUAGAGGACUUGAACUUUCAGCACCCAGGGCGACUGGCUCACACUCACCUGUGACUCUAGCUCCAGGGAAUCUAAUCCCCUCGUGCUGACCUCCAUAGGCACUGCUAUCACGUGCACACAGAGGCACAUGCGGAAGGCACGUGGUUAUGUUAUUACAUUUAUGGCAGAGUAUUUGAAAACACAAAAAAUGACAGAGUCAUACUAAUCCCCAGUGACUCCAUCAUUACUCUUUCCCAAACUAUUAUGAGUAGCAUUCAUUCAUUCAUUCAUUCAUUCAUUCAUUCAAUAUCUAUGUAGAGAUAGGAUGCUCACAAUCUUCAAGAUAGCAGAUGAUGAAGCACGCACUCUGCCUUUGCACUCAGAGCACUUAAUGCCAGAAAACAUUUAUGAAUCUUCUAUUUUAUAGUUGUGCUAUAAUUUAUUUAAUCAAUCUCCUAUUUUUAGACACUUACAUUGCUCUAUAAACUGCUCAGGGAAAUAAAGUUUUAUGGUUUUAUAUUUUAGAUGUAUCAUAACUCACAAGUCCUCUCCAACAACCAUGCCUAUCCUUGAGUAUUUCACUGCAUUCUGGACUUUUGCUUGAUCUUGCUAUUACCGAGUAACACACCAGCCUGCAGCAUUACCCAGCAGGCUUUACCAAAGACUUGGGUUUCUCUUUCAAAGAUUUUUUUUAAAUCUAAGCAUUAGAUGCCCACAUAGAAGCUUUAGAAAAUAUGAAAUUAUAACGAGGAAACAGAACAAAAUUGUUCAUUAUUCUAUAACCAAACACUAAAUAACUAAAUACUGGUUUAUUUCCUUCUUCCCUAUAAUAUUGUUAAUUCUUUGAGAAUUUCAUACACUGUAUUUUGAUGAUACUCACCCUGCACACAUUUCCUCAGAACUUCUGGAUUUUCCUUCCACCACCUAACUUCCUAACUUCAUGACCUCUAUUUAAAAAAAUAACCCACUGAGUCUAAUUUAUGCUACCCGUGUGUGUAAAGCCAUCCACUGAAACAUAGUGAACCAACCAGGGACCCCACAAUUAAAGAAAAGGGUCUGUCCCUCCCCAGAAACCAUCAACAGUUAAUGGCUCCUCACUUAGGGAUGGGGCCUCAGGAACCCCUUCCACUCCAAGCUGGCAUGUUGACUGGUUGAGCUUGUUUGCAGGUCUUGCCUUGGUAACUGCAGCUACCAUGAGUUCAUGAGUGCAGCGGUCCUGUCACAUACAGAAGACACAGUUUUGCUCCAGUCCUUCCUGAUCCCAUAAUUGUUCCUCAUAGUUUUUUAAGGGCAUAUAUAUAAGUGGGACCCUUGCCACAAGCCUGAGUUCAAUCUCCUGGACCCUCAUGGUGAAAAAGAGAAAACCAGCUUCCCCAAGUUGUCCUCUGACCUCUGCCUGCACACACACACACACACACACACACACACACACACACACACACAAAUAAUAAAUAAACGAAAAAAGCAAUAAAAAUAAAGGUGUAUAUAUAAGGUAUAUCAUAAGUUUUUAUUUUAUUACAAAAUCAAGUUGAUAGAGUAUGAACAAUCAAACAUGCUCCAUGCCAUUAAAUACCAUUCGGAAGCACAGAAGCAGUUUCGGUUUUCAUUUGGAACUCAUUUCAAAUUAUGAAAACCUGCAAAGGUAAAUAGAGCAAAGGCCAUCAGGGUACCCUCCCUCAGCUGUGAACAUUGGCCAGUGGCUAGCAUCCCCCUUUCUUUGCUUCCUGUUUGCUCUUUUCCCCGUGUAGGAAAAGAAGGCAGGCUAUAUUCACCAUGGCCCCUUACCUCAAAAUACUUGAAGCACAUGGAUAUUCUCUUUCGUGGUCACUGCUCAGCUUUGUCAGGUGACUCGGCAAUGUCCGCAGAGCAUGAUUCUCCAGGGCAGAAUUCUGUCACAGCUCUUUUGCUUCUCUUACUGUGAAAUGUUCCUCUUCCGUCCCCCUCUGCCUUUUACAAAGCUGGCGUGUUUGAAGAAUGCAACUCUCUUUUAAACUUUUAUUUAGUCAUUUGUUUGUAGGUGUGUGUGCGCGCGCGCACGCGUGUGCACAUACGCAUGCAUGCCAGCAUUUCAAGGCACCUAUGUGGAGGUCAAUACUCAGAAGAUGGGUCUCCCCUUCCACCGUGUGGGUACCAGAAAUGGAACUCUGGUCAGGGUACCUUUAUUUUCAGCCCCCUUAGAGUUUGCCCGUUCUCCUAUGUGUGCUUCUGUUGUUUCCUCGUGUUUCCAUUGAGCUUCUGCUCUCUUACCCAGAAAGCGGCAUGGGUGGCAGUGUGCCUUCUCUGAGGAUCACAUCUGGAGGCCCCCAACUGUCUGUUCCUCACUUACCUGGUGAGUGUGUUUUGUUUACCCAAAGUGUUGUCUAAUUGCUGCACUGUAAUCACUGGACAUUCCCCCCGCCCCUUCCUUCCAACCAAGACACUUUAAGACAGUGCAAAUGUUCUACUUCUCAAAAUUCCCCGUCUAUUUAGCACCUGAUGACUCUUUGCUUGGUCUGGCUUUCCACCCUCAGCAUUCUGCACAUUGCACAGGCAGUCCUCAGCACUCCUCCCCCUCUCACCCAUUUACUAGUGGUGUAUGCUCACGCGUUCCUUUUUUUUUUUUUCAAUCAACAAUUUGCAACAUGUUACUUGCUUUUAAAUAUUUCUGAUGCUCAAGUUGUCCCAAACUUGGCAGAUGGGAGCCCCUUCUAGGCCCUGUGACAUAGUCUCACUAUUAAAAAAAAAAAAAAAAAAAAAAAAGAAAAGAAAAGAAAAAAAGAAAAAAAAAAACCUCUCCAACAUAAAAAGUUAUUCCACGUUCAUCUGGUACCCUCCCUGCCCCAAGCCUUGGAUUUUCCCCAUCUUGGCUGAGCCUUGGCUUAUGCUGGUGGAUCAGGCAUCGGAAACUGAGGAGAGCUGGGUACUACGUGUGCAUGUGCUAUUAGCAUGGCUUUGUUUCUUUGCUCAGAUAGCUGGGAAGUAGAUCUUUCAGUCUAUAGUCAGAAGACUGACACCCAAUAAUCAAUUAUUAUUCUCUCUUCCCACACACACACACCCACACUUGCUCAGUACUCUAGCACAUCUGGACACAAACCUCCUUAACCAUUUUUGGUAGAAAUAGCUCCCCAUUCCUCUUGGAAACACAUGUGCCUGCAUCACUUGGGAGCUUCUUCAGAAACCCCCGCUGCACGAAGACAGAUCCUCACCACCCAUAUUUGAACAAGUGACUGUAACAUGUGCUAAACUAUGAGACACACAGCUCACUACUGUAAUGUAGGCUUGUCCUGUUCACCUAGUGCCAGCCCGGUAGAUGACAGACAUGCCAAAACUUCUCUUCAUCUCUCUGGUCCUGAAAUAUGUCUCCCUAAAAGAAAGCUGCUUUCCAGGCUCCCUGCUCUCUCUCCCCCUUAGGUGAUUGGCAAGAUGGGAGAGGCUCCGUUAGUUAGUGCUGACAAACCUCUCAGCCAAGGGCUAGACUGUUGUUGGUCAGAGGUACAGGGUAUUGUCAGCAUGGUGACCCUUGGGUUCAGUUCCUAGCACCAAAAGCCAGCACAGCUCCCAGCCACUUUUAUCAGAAGCGCCUGAUCCAGGGUAGCAUUCGUAACCUCUGUUCCCAUCAUUAUCUGCUCAGGCAGAAUCUUCACAUGACUCAAGUCUAAGAAACACCGGCCUUGAGCGCCUCAGCCUUACCUACGAGACUGAAUCACCUGGGGCCUCUACGUACAUUUCACAUCUAGAGCUAGGGCCCCAGGGACCAGCUUUUAAUGCUUCUCAGUUGGUUCCAAUGUCCAGGCACGACUUAGGACUCUAGAAGUUUGUUCUAGCCUUUCUCACUGCAGAGUGCAGGCUAGCCCUGAAGCUAAGGAGAAAAGCAUGAUACCAUCACCCUUGGAGGUGAGAAACCAGUAGCCAGAGGAACCCAAAUGGCACAGUGUUCGGUGAUGUGCAGUUAUCAGAAAAAAAGCAAAGUGACAUCUUCUGAUGUUUCCAGCACAUUGAUCCCAGAGACUGAAUUUUCCCCAAGACUCCUUGCUGGGAACCAUCUCGUGAAUUUAUUGUUAUGGUUUCUACUACAAAGGAGAUAGCUAUAUGCUGCCCACAUCCAUAAAUCCAACUCUUGGGCUAAAGAUAUGGCCCAGUUGGUAGAAUACUAGGUUUGUUUUCCAGCAUACAUGAACUGGGCAUAGUAACCCCAAAUACUUGGGGGUGGGGGUAGGGUGAGGCAGAAGGAUCAGAAAGUUGAGGUCCUUCUCAGAUACACAGCAAGUCUGAGGUCAGACUGAGCUACACAAGACCCUGACUUAGUGGGAAAAAACAUCCAAUGUUUUCUUCUGUACCCUUGACCAGGGAUGUAUUGAUUGGUUACACUCCAGACUUGGGAAGGAAGAUAACAGUGUACUUUAGCCUUCUGGGGUGCAGCGCCUCCACUUGCAAACCACUUGUCUGUGAGAUGUCUGGUUACUCUACUCACAACCCAGUUCAGGGUCCCUGACCAACUCAACUCCCCUGCACCUUCUCCUUCUCCAGCCCCACCCUCUGGGCAUCAUGGCUCCCUUCCCCAAGGACUUGCCUGACUUCCUUUUUCCCUCUUUCUUUUUAGAUGUAUUUACUUUAUUGUUUUAUGUGUCUGGGUGUCCUGCCUGCAUGUGCGUAAAUGCACCAUGUGUGUGCCUGCUGCCUGCAGAGGCCAGAAGAAAGUGUCAAAUCCACAGGGAGCAGGAGUCACAGACAGUUGUAAGGUUUUCACAAGAGCGCUGCAAUUCAAACUCAGGUCCCCUGCAAGAACAAUAAGUGCUCUUGACCACUGGACCAACUCUCCAGCCCUCUGCUGAUUGUUAAUGUCAUCUUAGAAAUAUCUCCUCAGGAGUGUUUACCUGUUUCAAAAGGAUUUUUGAAAUUUGCUAUCUACUUUUAUCUUUAGUGUCACUACUUUCUACAGGCUCACAUCUAGCUUAUUUAUAGAACAGGAAUGCUAGUUUUGCUGGGAGAAAAAAACAAAUCUGUAUUCUAGCCCCCCCCCCCCACUUUUUUUAAUACCGCGCAAGAGACCGUCUCUAUGCUAGUGGAGAGAUUAAUAGGGAACUAACUGAAUUGAGAAGGUGUUCUGUCGGCACAAGAACCAGCAAAAUUCCCUGGGACAGAGAAGGCACAGAGAGGGAAAUGCUAGAACUUGGCCUUAGCUGUGUCAGGAAUUCUUCGUAUGGAAAGAAGGAAGAAAUGGCGUCCUGGAUGGAGGGGAAAGCUCAGGUAGAGAUGUAGAAGGUGUGUGGUGUGUUUAGGCACAACUUCCGAGCCGUGCGGUGGGACUGGAGAGCAGUGGAGAAAGAGAUGACGUGGCUGAGGUCGUCGUAUCAAGAUCCUCGGGUAAUGAGGUAGAGCAGACGCCGAGCUUUCUUCUGGGCUUCAGGAGGCCCCCUUGAAGUUUAUUUUUAGCGCAUGUUAUUGGUGUAUUGUAGAAUUUUACGGUACGGUUAUGCAGACAUCUUCGUAGAAAUCCAAACAGAGCAGGCUUCACUCAUUCGAAAUUAACUAUAGGAAAUUAUUUUAACUUACAAUUUUUGUGUAGCCAUGGGCACAUGACUGUGCACAUCACACUAGAAGCCAGAGGAAGACAUCAGAUGUCCUGCUCUGCCACUCUUUACUUUAUUCCCUUGAGACAGUCUCUCGCUGAAGCUGGAGCCAAACUGUCAACCAGAAGUUCUCCUGACUCCACAGCAUUGGUGGCCCAGGCACCUGCAGCCACACCCAUCUUUUUACCUGAAUGCUGAGGACCCAAACUCAGGUCCCCAUGCCUGUAGAGCAAUACCUCUUACCUGCUGGGU